CGUCUCAUCAUUCUACCUCUAUUAUACACUACAAACAACAACAGAAGAUGCUCUUGAAAAAGCCAAAAAUUCCUUCUGGAAUCUCCUCUGUGUCCUGCUGAUACGGAUCUCCUGAGGAGUCGUAAUGGCCGUUAGCAGCUCCCAGAAGAAGCCGAGUGUUCUCAUCCACUUUCGACCGUGGUUGACUCUCGUGUGGAUCGCUUUUCGUAUGCUGCGAAACGCGCCGUGUUGGAGCAAAAGCCUUGUUUGACUUGUGGUGUCUGCUAGCAUGGUGAUUGUUAGACCCGUAUCCAUUGAGAUUAGUUUUCCUAUUUUUAUUCCAAUCCCAGCCUUUCCCAUCGUUCAGCUUCAUCCAGUCGUAAUAGCCAUCGUCCACCUCGCCGAUGUCCUCUAGCGCGGCAUCCAUCAACGAUAUGAGAUACUCGUAAUUAGGCUCCUCUUCAAAGCGCAGGUUGCGAGCAUACGUGAGGUAGUCUGCGAACGAUUUCGGUAGUUUAUGACAGAGCUGCUGAAUUGAAGUGGCCUGCUUUUUCUCCCCAAUCUUCUCAUACUUCAUCUUAUUCGUAGGUGCUUUGAGCCCUUGCCAUGGGAGCUCCCCUUUCAAAAAAUACAGAAACACAUGCCCAAGAGAUUCCAAGUCGUCUCGUCUUGAUUGUUCUCUUCCCAAAUGCGUGUUGAUAGACAUGUACCGUGCAGUGCCGCUUAGCGACUUCCGUUCUCUAUACGGUAUAUGCUGCUUGGUGACAGGAUUUCUGUAUUGCUUGAUCAUUCCGAAGUCCACCAAGUAUAUCAGAUUGUCGUCAGAGGUUGCGCCAAUGAGGAAAUUGUCGGGUUUGACGUCGCGAUAAAUGAGAUCAUUCUCAUGAACAAAUUGAAUUCGUUGAAUCAUCUGCUUGGCUACCUGCGCCACCGUUUUGACGCUGAAUCUUCUACCGCACCACUCGAACAAGUCUUCCAGCGAGGGUCCCAGUAGUUGUAUUAUGAGUAUGUUGUAAUAACCUUCUUGCCCGAAAUAGUACACCUUCGGAAUACCUUCAAUUGAUAGAUAGUGAUGGUUAUCGUUCUCAGGUCCAUCGCGCAGGUAAUUGUUUAUGGCACUGUUAAGGAUCUUGUACGCUUUGAACUCGUCCUUGAGCUGCGGAGCCUCAGACUUUCGGCUUUCAAACUUAAUCGCGACCGGUUGGUUAUCUCUCAGCAAAUCAUAGCCCUUGAAGAUGAUACCGAACGAACCUUCGCCUAUUUUUUGUGCAAUUUGAUAGUGUGAGGCUAUUAUGUUUCUAUUCACCUGUUGAGUAGUAUUGGCAGAACCCGAUCUUUUAUGUUGCAAGGCUGACAUAGAUUGAAUUAGGUGUUCAUAACAAUCACGGCUUCCAAGACUACUAACUCGAUCGUAAUAAAUGCUUUUUCCUGGUUUUGUUUCUCCUCCUUUUAUCUGUUGAUAUAUACUCAAUCAUUUCUCGCCGCAGAAAAAUUUUAUGGCGCUGGUGCACGGAUUACUACUAGGUGGAAGCUAGGGCGGUAAUAACAUUGUAUAUCUAAAAUCAUCUAAAUCCAGCGACUUUGAAAGCAUGAGCAAGGUCUUCGAUCAGGUCGUCUGCACUUUCAAUGCCUGCGCAUAACCGAAUCAGGUCUUCAGGAAAGUCUCUUUCCUUUCUGGUUUCCGCUGAAAUCGAUGCAUGACUCAUCAGGCAUGGAAGAGAGAUCAGUGAAGCCACAUAUCCAAAUGACACUGUAACAGAGUAUAUCUCACAAGCCGCGAUGAUUCGCUUACUAACAGCGACAUCUCCAGUUUCAAAAGACAGCACUGCUCCAGCACCUUUACAUUGUUUCUUGUGGAGCUCGUAUUGUGGAUGAGAUUCCAACCCUGGAUAUCUGACCUUUACAUUUUGCGACUCGAGCCACUUUGCAAUUUUCAUAGCGUUCUCCUGUUGUCUUUCAACCCUCAAUGCCAAUGUCUUAAGACCUCUGAGCAGCAGCCAAGAGUCAAAAGGUGCGAUACCAGCGCCUGUAGCGUUGAUAACAAAAAACACCUUUUUGGCCAACUCAUCACUGUUGGUUGCAAUCACUCCAGCCAUAAUGUCGUGGUGACCAUUCAAAUACUUUGUGGCAGACUCGUAUUGGAUAUCAGCCCCCAGCUCCAAAGGAGACAUGAACAAAGGCGUCAUCAUGGUGUUGUCGAAAACAACCACACAAUUCGGGUUUUGCUUGUGGGCGUGAUCUGCAAUGGCCUUAAGAUCACAGAUCUUGAUGAGAGGGUUAGUUGGCGAUUCCAAAACGACCAUCUUUGUGUCCUUUGUUAUUUUGGAAGUGAUGAGCUCUAGAUUUGUAGUGUCAUAGUGACCCACCUUGAUGUGAUUGAAAGUUUUGAUAUAUGUCAACAGUCUGUCAGUUCCACCAUAAAGAUCAUCACCAGCGAUAACUUCGUCACCUGGGCUCAAGAUUCUUACAAUAACAUCCAAAGCAGCCAUUCCAGAAUUCAAAGCAUAAACAUGCUUGGCUUUCAUGAUUUUGGACAGGUGGUUCUGCAGAGCUGAACGAGUAGGAUUUCCUGACCUGGUGUAGUCAUAUGGGCCCAUUUCGUCUAGGUCUUUGGCCUUGAAAGUUGCAGACAUGUAGGCUGGAGUAAUUGAGGCAUUGUGGGUGUUCUUAUCGUCCACAUGGACAAGUUCGGUUUCAAGCGAUAGUUUCUUAGUCAUUAGGGAAAGCAAUUAAAAAUUUCACAAAGUAAAGCCCGACACGAUGAGGUAAGUAACCCUAGAUUUUGGGGUACUAUAAAAAUCCAACUCAGUGUACAAUUAGUUUUCAGCGUGAAACAAGGUACCGUUUGAUGAGCUAGAUAGGUCGACGACGCAAUAUAUGAAAGAUAUGGAUUCUAUCGCCGUAAUGUGAUUUUUUCCCCAAAAAGAGGAUACUGUUUUAUAUUGUUUGUUGGAAGACAAGGCAGGGAGAAUACUUCUCCAUUAAUAUUCAAAGCUAGGAAGUGGAAGAGUGCCGCAAAGUGGGUCAGUUUAAAUGUCAUUGCAUCUAUUGAUUCAAUUCUUAUGCACGAUGGUCAUAACGUGCUGACGAUGCCGUUUGUUCUUGAGUUGUGUAGCAAUGGCCCCCAUAUUGACGAUUAGCUAAUCAAGUGUAUAAAAUUAAGAAUUACCCCAUCUUUUGUUGCAACUACAGUUCAUGUUUCUCUCAAGAUAUACGCGUCUAAGCAUUUCAAAGCGCCCCUUUAUAGGCCGCGGACUUCACAUUGUUGCAGUUCAUCGGGAUAAUCAGCGCAACAACCAAAAGAUGAAAUUUGAGUUCACUCCCGAGAACAAAGAGCUCGCUAUGGAGAUUGUGAAGAGAUAUCCGCCGCAGUACAAGAAGUCUGCAGUCAUGCCUUUACUUGAUCUAGGACAAAGACAGGCGGGGUUCACCUCAAUCGCUGUUAUGAACCACGUAGCCGAACUUCUCGACAUGCCGGCUAUGAGAGUGUACGAAGUUGCCUCCUUUUACACUAUGUACCAUAGAGAGCCUGUUGGAAAGUAUCAUAUACAGAUUUGCACAACCACGCCCUGCCAGCUGUGCAAUUCUGAUUCAGUCAUUGAGGCAAUCAUGAAACAUUUGAACUUGCAACCAAACCAGACUACCCCAGAUGGGUUAUUUAGUCUCGAGGAGGUUGAGUGUCUGGGUGCGUGCGUCAAUGCUCCGAUGAUGCAGAUCAAUGAUGACUACUAUGAGGACUUGACUGCCGAGUCCGCUGUGGAGAUCCUGGAGGCAUUAAAGUCCGGAAAAGACGUUCCUGUUGGAACAACCAAAAGGGAAUCCUGUGAACCAUUUUCAGGGCCAAAAGUUCUAGUCGGUGAGCCACUGGAUGUCUCCACUCUCACUCGCAGCGAUCUGUAGUCUCUUGAGGACUACUCAUAAUAUUUAUUUACUAUUAAACUUAAGAUUUUUAGAUUUUUAAGAUUUCUAGAUCCUUAGUUUUGCAGAUUUUCUAUUUUACCGUGGAGCAGGUACUGUGUUAUGUUUUUCAAGCAGAAAAUGGCUGUCUGAUCGAAAUUUUCACUGGUUGCCGAUCCCACAUGAGGAGUCAAAGACAUAUCUUGUCUCUGACAAUGGUGAACCAGCGGCUCUUCAGGGAACACGUCCAAACCCACAAAUCCUAUAUGCCCAUCCUUCAAUCCUUGUAUCAUAUCUUCGUCAUUGAUGAGGGACCCACGACCAACAUUAACAAGAAUAACACCUUUUUUCAUCAGCUGAAUAACACCCUUGUUGAUCAUGUUGAUCGACUGUGGAGUCGCAGGAAGACAAAGAACUAUACAAUCUGAUUCGGCUGCCACAUCAUGAAUCCUGGCUGCGUAGCGCACUUUGUAGCCCAAUUGAGCCUCCUCCUCAGGGGAAAGCUUGUUUCUUUUGAUAUAAAUGAUGUUCAUACCUAGACUGGAGAGUCUCUUGCCCACUUCUUUACCAAUUGCCCCAAAACCUAUGAUGGUUGCAGUUUUCCCCACUGGAGAAUGGACUUCAAUCGUCCCCACAUGAUGUCCAAAACAGUAUUUCGACUUCUUGCUGUGGUCAAGGACAAACACCCCGCUCUCAGCGUCGAAAUUUUUUACGUUUCCCAAAAGCGAGCGGGCCUCGAUUGUAUGAGGAUUCUGGCGAAGAAUGGCUUCAAACAAGCCAAACUUUCGAAAUCCAUUCAAGACAUGGUAGAGGACAGUCUCUGCCACUGCAGAAGCACCAAAAGUUGGUGAAUUGCAAAACUUGAUUCCUCUCUCACGUAAAGCCUCUAGAUCUAAUCCACCAAAUCCGGCAGAACAGACGGUGAUCAAUUUCAGCGACGAGGGCAGCUUGGCCACUAGCUCUUUAUCCAGAUUUCCAAUUUUCCCAAAUGGAGCCCAUGCACCGUAAAUUGCUUCGACAUUGUGUAAUUUGGUUUUCAGAUCAGAAACAAACUGUUCUCUAGAAACUAGCUCAUAGAAUACAACAUCAAAUGUUUUCGUAAACUGUUUGAAUUCUGGCAAAUUCUCAUUUAGACCUCCCAAGAACGCGACCAGAGGC